AACACAUUUCUUUCCACUUCAGCCGAAGCAGACGACCGAGAUAGGUGAAAAUUUUCAGAAAAUCGCUUCAGGAUUGGAGUAAUUCGCUUUUACUUUGGCAUCGAAUUAAUAAGUGGAUUAGAAAACUUUAAUAUAUUUCUAGUGCGUGAUUAUUAAAUUGUUUUUGGAAAAAAGUGGGAAAUUUCGAGUGAGAUUUGUCGUCGUUGCAGUGCUUUGAAACGCAGUUAGCGAAGAACGACCGCGCUGCUGCGAUAGCGCCGCCAUUGAAAGAAAAGUAAAUUUAAUACGUCGCGUUUUUGUCGCGUCGCAUCUGGCAAGGGAAAACCUUUUUGAAAGCAGAAAACUGCACAAAGCAAAAAAUUGCGAAAAUUUUGAUACUUUUUUAAUAUCUUGUUCCAAAAUUCAUUUCACUUUGGAUUGGUUUUUGGUGCUUAUUUGACAAAACAAAUUGCGAAAAAAUGAGUGGCGGAAUGCCCGAGUUGGGCUCCAAGAUCAGCUUGAUCUCGAAGGCUGAUAUCAGGUACGAGGGUCGCCUAUACACCGUAGAUCCACAGGAGUGCACUAUUGCAUUGUCGAACGUUCGCUCCUUUGGAACCGAGGAUCGAGAAACGCAGUUUCAAAUUGCUCCCCAGAGCCAAAUCUAUGAUUACAUUCUUUUUCGUGGUUCUGAUAUUAAGGACAUCCGGGUAGUGAAUAACAAUCUUCCUCAUCCUAAUGAUCCGGCUAUAAUGCAAGUGCAACUACAAAAUGGUCAACAUAUGAUGCCACAUUUUCCUAUGCCUAACAUGAACCCUCCUCAUGCACCGCCAAUGAGUGCAGUUGGUGGAUAUGGAAAUCCGUUUGGCAUGGGCGGAUUAGGCAUUGGUGGAGCAGGCGGUGGUGCCCCAUCGCUGGCUCCAGGUGCACCGGCACCAUAUGUCUUGGGUGGUGGGAAUCAGCAGCAACAACCGCCGCAACCAGCACCGCAGCCACAACAACAGCAGCAGCAGCAACAAUCGAAACAACAGCAGCAAAAACAACCAAACGUACUUGCUGGUGCAUCGCGCUCCACGACGCCAAUGAGCCAUGUUUCACAAAAGAGCUCUUCGCCCGAUAUGCUCGCUAAGGUGGACCGAGAAAGGCAGCGUCAAAAACAACUCUCGAAUAGUGGACUUGCUGCUGGACGUGAUGCUGGUCAAAAGAGACAAAAUCACCAACAACGAGGUGGCAGCAAUAAUCAACGCAUCAAUAACAACAAUGACUUUUACCAACAGCCACGUGAUCGACGUGAUUCUGGACGCCACGCAGAUGGUGCCUACAACAAUCAACAUCAUGAAGUUCGUGCUGGCAACAAUUACAGUAACCAACGUAACAACCAUCAACGCAGCGGCGGUGGCGGUGGGGGCGGAGGCCAAAAUCAUGCUUGGACCAUGCAUCGCGGCAAUCCUAAUAAUGGUAACAACAUGAUGCGCAACCGGGGCGGUGGACGUGGUCGUAUGCAAAAUCAAGGCUAUCGACCAAUGGGCGGUCUUGGAAUGAAUCAAAAUAAGCCACGGAAUCCGAAGAACACAAUUAAAUUCUUGCAAGAUUUUGACUUUGAGCAAGCCAAUGUUAAAUUCGAGGAACUUCGUUCACAACUGUCCAAACUUAAGGUGGGCGAAGAACCCAAAACCGCGCAGAUGAAUGGCGAAACAGAAAAGAAGGACGAUUCUGGUAAUGAGACUGGUGCUGGAGAACAUGAACCGGAGGAGGAGGAAAUCACUGUGGGAUAUGAUAAGACAAAGUCCUUCUUUGAUAACAUAUCCUGCGAAGCAGCACAGGAUCGUAGCAAGAACAAGAAAAUUGACUGGCGUCAGGAACGCAAGUUGAAUAGCGAAACAUUUGGGGUCUCAUCUACAAGACGUGGCGGUUACCGUGGCCGUGGCAGCUAUUACAAUCGUAACAUGGGCUCUUAUGGUGAUAGAUACAAUCGGAAUCAUCGUGGAGGAAGCAAUUAUCGUUACCGUUCCAGAAACCCAAAUGCUGCCUCAAAUAGUGGCAAUGGCGGCACUUCUAAUUCUAACACUGGAAACUCCGGUGCAUCUAAUAACACUAACAACGGUGCCAAUACGGCCGAAGCACUCAAGAAUCAGGUGCAACAACCGCAGCCAUCAGCCAUGGUGUCUGGUUCAACGCCAAAUGCCACGAAAUCGGCAACUGUGGAAAAUAGCAACACACCUCAGCCAAUCGCAGCUGGAGGAUCUGGCCAAUAAUGAUCACAAUUCUCAGAAGGAAAAAAACGGCAUUAAUAACUACAAUAAUCGCACCGGAAGCCACAAGAAAUCAACAUAUAUCAAGUACAGUACACAAAUGAGAACAUCAUAAAUAAUAUUUAUAUAAGCAUCAUUAAUGGAAAAGAGAAAAUAAAAUAAGGAAGGAAUCUGUUGAAUUAGCCGGCGUCCAUCGCUCGCGAUGAAAGUAGACAAACAAAACAAAAAUGUACUUUACAAAAUAUUUCUUCCACCAACUCCGACCCAUAUUAGGAUAUCUGUUGCUGAGAAACAAUGUAGUUUUCGGACGUAUUUGAGCGUAUAGGAGUUAAAUAGGAUGCCAGCAAUUCAAUACGAUUAAUAUUUAUAAUGAUGAUUAAGGAUACACAAAAGAAAAAUACAACGGAACAACAUUCAAUGAUGUUAGUACAGUUAGUUUUAUUAAAUAUGAAACAACCAAGUCCAAACGAACUAAUGGCGACAUAAAAAACAAAAGAGUAAAGAAAUGAAAGAAUUUGUUUGUUAUAAAAAAUGAAAUGAAAUUGAGUUUUAAGAAGCAAAAGAAAAAUUUAUUGAAGAUAUAUAGAUGUAUUGCUCGGAUGGAAGGGUUGCUUAUCAUAAUGAAAAUGAUGGAUGUAAUUAUAAUAGAAGAUCGAAAGUAAAGGCAAAUAUGUAUUGUAGAAAUGGUGGUGAUAUGUUUUGAAACCCGAAGCAUACGAAUAAGAAAGCAUUUACAAACAUUAAAACAAAAGGAAAUAAAAUUAGAAAUAUAAUACGA